UGAUAGAAAUUUCACAUUACGGUCCAAUUUAAAAGCAAAACAAGCUGUGGGAUAUAAUAGAAUGCAAAGAGUGAAAGGAGUGGCUUGAUGAAUCAAAAUACUAAAGAGAGUUAAGAGAAUCAAAAUGAGUGGCUUGAUGAAGCUUGUAAUUCUUGUCCCAUGUUCUUUGUUCUUCGUAGCUUUAGUAAAGUUCCUUUAUGAUUACCUGUGGAGACCUCUCCGUAUACAGCAAAUGCUGAAUUCACAGGGAAUCAGAGGACCUCCUUACAGAUUCAUCCAUGGCAACAGCAAAGAAGUUGCCAAAAUGAGACAAGAAGCAUUAAGCAAGCCUAUGGCCUUGAGGCAUGAUAUAUUUCCUAGAGUGCAGCCACAUAUUUACACCUGGAUCAACAAAUAUGGGAAGAAUUAUCUUUCUUGGGACGGUGUUCGAGCUGAACUUGUGAUUUCAGAACCAGAACUAAUCAAAGAGGUUCUAAAAAAUAGUGAAAAAGCUUUUCCCAAAAGGAAUCCUACAGUUUUCAUUAGCAAGCUAGUAGGGAACGGGCUUGCGACAGUCGAGGGUGAAAAAUGGGUGAAGCAGCGGAAGUUGGGGAAUUAUGCUUUUCAUGGGGAAAGCUUAAAGAACAUGGCACCGGCAGUAAUUGCCAGCGUUGAAACAAUGCUAGAAAAGUGGAAAGGCUAUGUGGGCAAAGAGAUUGAACUGUUUGAAGAAUUUAGAUUAUUAACUUCAGAAGUGAUAUCGAGAACAGCUUUUGGUAGCAGUUACUUGGAAGGGCAGAAAAUUUUUGACAUGUUGAGCAAGUUGGCAAUAAUUUUGCACCGAAAUUUUUUCAAGACCAGAAUUCCUUGGAUCAGCAAGUUAUGGAAACCUGCUGAUAUUCUUGAGUCGGAAGAACUUGCAAAUGAAAUACAGGGUUGUGUGAUGAAGAUGAUUAAGAAAAGAGAAGACAGAGUUGUGAGUGGAGAAGCUGAUAGCUUUGGCAAUGAUUUUCUAGGAUUACUUGUAAAUGCCUAUCAUGAUUUGGACGACAAAAACAUGCUUUCACUGGGAGACUUGGUAGAUGAGUGCAAAACAUUCUACCUUGCUGGACAAGAUACUGUUAAUUCCUUACUUACUUGGACAGUCUUCCUUUUAGCAAUCCACGGAGAUUGGCAAGAGAAAGCUCGAAGAGAGGUGAUUGAUAUAUUUGGUAACCAAAAUCCACAUCCUGAAAGCAUUGUCAAACUCAAAAUUAUGACCAUGAUCAUUAAUGAAACUUCAAGAUUAUAUGGUCCAGCAAAUGGCCUAAUGAGAAAAACUGGAAGAGAAGUUCAGAUUGGAAAGCUAGUGUUACCUGCUAAUAUAGAUCUCUAUAUUGCAAAUGUUGCACCUCAACAUGACCCUCAACUAUGGGGAGACGAUGUGCAUCUUUUUAAACCAGAGAGGUUCGCAGAAGGAAUUGCCAAAGCUACCAAUUACAAUGCAGCUGCAUUUUGUCUCUUUGGAAUUGGACCUCGGUCUUGUGUUGGUAUGAGCUUUGCAACCACAGAAAUAAAGAUUGCGCUCUCCAUGAUUCUACAACGCUAUACCAUUUCCCUCUCCCCUGCUUAUGUCCACUCACCAAUGUCUGUUAUCACCAUUCAACCACAACAUGGAAUUCAAGUGAUACUCAAAUCACUGCACAGCAAUGUUUAAUGUACAUUGUUGUUAUGAAUUCAGGGUUUAGCCUUGUUGGUUUACGAAUUCGUCUUUAAGAGAUGACAUUUAAUAUGUUAAUUAAAUGUUUACUUUACAAUUUUUUGUGUUAAAACUUUGAUAACCACAAUAUAGAACUAUGGUAAAAUAAGAAAAAAUAAGAGCACACAAAUUUUACGUGAAA